AUGAAGGUUGCUAUCAUUUACUAUUCAACAUACGGACAUGUUGCCGUUAUGGCUAAGAAGAUCAAGGAAGGGAUUGAAUCAGCAGACGCAGGUGUUCAGGCCGAUAUUUUGCAAGUUAAAGAGACGUUGAGCGAAGAAGUGUUGGGUAUGUUGCACGCACCAGAGAAAUUGGACUACCCAGUUGCUUCCACUGAAACUUUGGUUGACUACGAUGCCUUUGUAUUUGGUAUUCCUACCAGAUACGGUACCAUCCCAGCACAAUGGGCUGAUUUCUGGGGCACCACUGGUGGUUUAUGGGCUCAAGGUGCCUUAGCCGGUAAGCCAGCAGCUAUGUUUGUGUCUUCUGGUGGUGCAGGUGGUGGACAAGAAUCUACUAUCAAGAAUGCCAUGUCGUACUUGGUUCACCAUGGUAUGCCAUAUAUUCCUUUAGGAUACUCUAACACAUUUGCGGAAAUGUCCAACUUGGACGAAGUCCACGGUGCAUCUGCUUGGGGUUCUGGUAUAUUCGCUGGAUCUGACGGUUCUAGACAACCAUCGGAAUUGGAGUUGAAGAUCUGUCAUGCUCAAGGUGCUUCUUUCGCUAAUCUCGCCUCCAAGGUUGUCGGUGCUAAGGCUGCCACUGGCACUACUACUACUAGUGAACCAGCCUCUAAGUCUGGAGAAGAGCCUACUGAGAAAGAAAAAUCUGCUGAAGAGCCUACUGAAAAGGCCAAGGAAGUCGCUCAAAGAGCUAAGCAAGCUGCUCCUGAAGUGAAGGAAGAAGCCAAGGGCGGCUGUAUGAAAUGUACUAUUGUGUAA